AUGAGCAGUAUCUGCACCACCAACCACCUGGAGAGCGCCAUGACUACCAAGGCCUCUCACCCCUCGCAGCAUGACCUGAGCCAGGUCGCCCAGCAAGGCGAACCGGGCUCAGAGCAGCCUAAGAAGAGGCGUAGGAGAACGCGGAGGAGAAAGGCGAAGACGACGGGGGGAGAGGAGGAGGAGGAGGGAGAGGGGGAGAUGGAGAUGGAGAUGGAAGAGGGGGCCGCGGAGAAGGUCGAGGAGACUGUGGUUGCUGUCCUUGCGGACAGCGAUCGCAGCCCCUCUUCGGCCGAUCCAGAGCUCACUCUUCCAUCGGAGGAAGCCGACGUCCCUCGUGGACUUGAAGUUGAACCAAGCGGGGAUGAGUCCGCCGUUCAGAAAACCCCGACAAUCCCUCCACCCAGCUCGGUACUAGAGCUCGGGAACCUCAUGGAGGACGUAUUCAGCGAUCUGCAAGGUCAGAUCCGGGAGUUGAAGGUCGAGAUCGAGAAGCUCCGAGAAGCUGCGUCCGACCGAGAGAAUGGAGCCAGGCAAUCCGUGCCUCGAGCUGAAACAAGAAAGCCCCGCCAGAGGGGAGGACUACAAGCAAUGGGCGUGAGGAGAGAAGACCUGGUGGAGAGCGGCAUCUUGGCCUGGCCAAGUGAUGAGAUUGUUCUGGCAGGAACUUUAAAUCUCCGAAAAGUCGGACACGACGACUUGCAAACCGCCGAGUUUGCCCAAGCACCAGCCGAGCUCCCUGCUCGUGUACAGGGCAGCCAAUCAAAGAGAUCCUUCCCGACGAAGUACAUCAUGUACUUCAUCGGGAUGCUUCUGCUCGUCGCUGGGUCCGCUACUAUGUAUGGCCACUGUGCCACCAGCAGAUUCUUCGCUGGUGUGACACCAAACUCUCUUGCCAUCACCACGACAUUCACCCCGCCACCUCCCACCUCCAAUUUGCAAUCCCUCUAUAUGAGGAUAUCAGAAUCUGUUUUUGCGCCGCCUGAAUGCUCGAUGGAUGACAUCCCAGGUCCCGAUCUCGACACCGAUCUCCCUCUCUUCGACAAGGCCACACAGCACAAGCUGGUCCAGCGCGUACGCGCUAGAAUCAGCGAAGAGUUGCAACACCACGACCGCCUCAGAGAAGCCCUUGCCAGAGUCAGCGAAGGAGUCCAAGAGACUUGGAAGAGACCGGCCGUUAAAGCUGUGGCCGCCACCAUCACUGUCUCGGCAACAGCAUACGGCAUUGGCCGCGCCACGGGCUACGUGCCACCUUUUGAUUUCCGAUCUGUCCAGACUGCUGCCUCUGAGGAGCUAGAAAUGUUCAUGGAAUUCUCCUUGAGGAUAUUCCGGGACCAGCGGGAUUUGGAGAUGGUGGAAGUAGUUCGUGCAGAGGAUGGAGGGUUCGCCCGGCCUGAGGCUCACGACUGCGGAGACUGUUGCGGAUUGGAGGAGGGGCGUGGUCCAAGCAUCUCCUGA